AAUACCGGAAAUCCCCGUCUGGUAUGCAAGAAAUUUUCAUAUAUGAUGUUGUGUAUUUCGUACGUAAGAAACAGUAUGAUAACUGUUUUUUUUUUCUAUUUUUUUAUGUGGGUGGGGUCACACUGAUACAAUUAUUGGUCAUAUGGCAGAACCAUCGACCUUGAACCACGGACCUUCAGUAAGUCAGCUGGAAUGGUUCCUUACACGAAAACUUUUGCGCCACAAGCGAGGCUCGAACCACCAUAGGUGAGGGGUCAGAAGCCUCUACUACUCGGCCACGGAGGACCCUAUGAAAAUUAUUCAACAUAAAUGUAUGUAAACACUGAUAAUACUGGUGAAGAUGAAUUAAAAUAUUGUUUAGUAAAUGAGGAAAAUACAUACAUAAUAAAGAGCACCUUUACAAAUUAAGCUUAAUGCGAGACAAAACAUACAGACACCGGUCGCUUCUUCUCAUUUUUAAACUUAUCUACAUCGAGAAAAGAGUGCAUUGACAUCUGUCAGGAUUCUGAUGACUUUGGCUCAAAAUAAUUUUGAGAUAGAGAGCUUUUUAAAAAAUUUAGAAAAAGAGUUUCAAGAUCCAAACAUGGAUGGAUAUUUUCUAGACUUGUCCAGACGAAUAGAAAAGGUCCGAACAGGAGAUUCUCCAUCAGGGAUGCUUCAAGAACUAAAGUCUCGUGGAUUUUGGCGCGCAGUAUUCGCAGAAUUCAUUGCUACCAUGGUGUUUCUAUUUAUAGCCACAAUGGCUGCUGUACCACUUGUACCAGUGGAAGGAUCGGAAGCUAGUGUUGUAAAGAAUGCGCUGGCGUCAGGGCUUAUGAUAGCAAUAUGUAUCCAAAUGUUUGGUCACGUGUCCGGUGCUUUCAUGAACCCUGCUGUGACUAUAUCUUUUGCGGUUGGAAGGACCAUAAGCCCGCUUCGUGCGUUUCUUUAUGUCAUUGCCCAGUGCAGCGGCGGAUCUCUAGGUGUCUUAAUUUUAAAAGGUGUGACGCCAGACGAACUCCAUGGUAACCUUGGUGUAAACAUGGUCAAUCCGAGGAUUGAUGCUGUACAGGGAUUUGCAUGCGAAGUUGUUUUCACUUUUAUUGUUGUCAUUUCUGUGUACGGCUGCAUUGACCCAAACCGGCCAUUUUUUGGAAGCGAGGCUGUAGGUAUUGGAUUCACAAUUGCUGGUGUGAAUUUAGCUGGAAUCCCUUUCACGGGCGCCAGCAUGAAUCCGGCUCGGUCAUUCAGUGCAGCUUUUGUAUCAAAUUCGUUUACAAACCAUUGGGUAUACUGGGCUGGUCCAAUCCUUGGUGGAAGUAUUGGAGCUCUGGCAUAUAAAUUUGUGUUCGAUCCUUACAAGAAUGUACUGUCAUACUCGGACGCUGCGAAGAAACUGCUGAAUGGAAACGAUCCUGUUGAGAUACCAAUGAACUAUUUGGAGGCAACCGCCGGGAAAAACGGCUGUGAGAAGACAGACAUGAUAAAUAAAUCACAGAAUGGAAGCAUCGAUGUUAUCAGUCUGUAAUUCAUAAUUUCCUCCAUACAUCAUGCCCUGGACUUUGAAAACUGCAGAAACAUUAAAUUUUGUUUACUCAGAUUUUUGGUUUAGAGAUUAUAUUUAUAUGAUAUAUAUUUUUAUCAACAGGCCGAAGGGUGGAUGUUUUAUGUUUUAGACAUUUAAAAGGCAGACGUUUGUAUAAUAUCUGUAUGUUUUAAUGCCAAUAAUAUUUGUAUGUUUUAAUACUAAUAUGUACAUGGGUGUUGUACAGAUGUUUUAAUAAGAGAUAAUGUUUUAACAGGCAUAAUGGAAAACUUGCAUGUCUUUUUGGUGGCGGAUGGGUGGAAAUAUCUUUUUAUAGUAAGAUGAAUCGGUGCACCUAUUAACAUACAGACAGAUGAGUAGCGCUAUCUUUUAACAGACAGACGGAUGGGUUGAUAUAUCUUUUAAUAGGCAGAGGAAUGGGUGGAUAUCUUUUAAUUAGGCAGUGAUGGGUGGAUAUAUCUUUUAACAUGCAGAGGACUGGGUGGAUUAGUGGACCGGUGUGUGUAUACAUUUUAACAGUAUGUUUGUGGACGGGCGUAUAUUCUACUCAACAGUUCUUAUCACAUACAAUUAAACAACAGUAUAAGCAGAUAUAGACUUUAUUUUACUACUGAAUUUACCUCUCUUAAAAACAAUAAAUAUUUACAAUAACUAAUAGCAUUUUACAUCAAAUUAUAAUUUAGAUAUCAAAGUUACAGGGGUGGUUUUACAGCUUUCAGGAUUCAACUUUAAAACAAUUUUACAAAGUCUGUUUGACUAGGCAAGGUCAACAUUUAGUUGUUUAAUUGAUUUCUUUCUUUAUAUCAAUUUAACACAGCAAAUAUAUAUCUAAUAUGUGUAAAAAAUGUUAACAUAAUAUGUGUAUCAUAUGUGAAAAUAAUAAACAAAAUCCUUAUGUAUUGCUUUUCUUUGCACCAAAUCCUAAA